GGCGGCUCCUCCCGCCCCUGAGCCGCCGGGACGAGAGGGUUCCCCGGGGGGCAGCGGGGCCGGAGCUUUCCCUCUGCCGCCAUGGACUCUGGCAGCGAAACCCACGAGCUGAACGGGACGGCGGAGGGCGCGGAGCCGCCGGCGCUGGAGCGGCACAGAAGGUCCCAGUGGUUUCAAAGAAAUGGACCCAUUAAUAUCAACCACUAUGCCAACAAGAAGAGUGCUGCAGAGAGCAUGUUGGACAUAGCCCUGCUGAUGGCCAAUGCCUCCCAGCUGAAAGCUGUGAUGGAGCAAGGACCUUCUUUUUCCUUCUACAUCCCACUUAUCAUUCUUAUCAGCCUGUCACUCAUGCUGCAAGUUAUAGUGGGAGUGCUCCUGAUAUUCCUUGUCAAAUAUGACCUUAACAACCCUGCAAAGCAUGGAAAGCUGGAUUUCCUCAACAACCUUGCAACUGGACUGGUAUUCAUUAUAGUAGUAGUGAAUAUUUUCAUCACUGCCUUUGGGGUGCAGAAGCCAGGUGCUGAGCCUGCAUCAAGACAGUAAUUCCAAGAGACCUGAAGUGUUCCUUCUUCCAUAGAUGCCAUUUGCAACUGAGCCAGCUGCACUUGGACACAUUGGGAAAAAAAUAAUCUGAAGAAACUGGACAUACUGAGCAGCCUUGUUGAGUUUCCAACAACCAACACCUAAAGUUUUCCAGUGUGUUAAUAUGUAAAUAGUUUGGCAUCUGAGGAAAGAUUGAUUUUGACCCAAGGAUAUUGUUUUUUCUGGACUAUUGGCAUUUCAGUUUCUGUAGAAACAAAUUGUUUCUGAGAGCAGUGACAUAAGCUGAUCAAACAGGGUCAUACCAACCCUUCACAGGACUUUCCCCUUUUUCCUGCCUCUCAGUUUUGUUGCUGUUUUUCAUCUCCAGUGUGGUGAGAAGCAUCAGGCUCUGUUCUGGAGUGGUCCCAUUGUCCUUCUGGUCACACAGACCUUUCGGUGGCUUGGCACCAAACCCAGGUUCCCCAAGGCCCAUCUGGGAUCUUCCUGAGCAGGGGCAGCUCUGGCUGGGGGUUUGUUCACUCCAGAGAAAGCCAAGCUGGGACAUGCACAGACUGCAGACCUUGGCCCAGCUUUGCUCAUGGGUGGUUGCUUCUCCUGUUUCAUGGAAUCAGUCAUAGAAUGUUAGGGGUUGUAAAGGACCUCUAGAGAUCAUCUAGUCCUACCCCUCCUGCCUGAGCAGGGUAUCUUCAGGUUCCUCUCUUUCUUUUUUUCCUUUUCCCUUUUCCUUUCCCUUUUCCUUUUUCUUUUUUUCCUUUUCCUCUUUCUCUCU